AUGGUACCCUACGACGAGCGCAUUUAUGGCUUCUCUGGGGAAAAAGUAUCCACUCGAGGGUAUAUUGAUCUCCAUGCCGUGUUUCGUGAAGGACACAAAACCAAAAUUGUACCCAUCCGUUUCUUGGUCAUUGAGGCACCCACAUCCUACAACAUCCUCCUAGGACAACCUUCCCUUAACAUCCUAGGAGCAGUAGCCUCCACACCCCACUUAGCCAUGAAGUUUCCUUCUUCCUCCGGCGACAUCAUCACCAUCCAUGGUAACCAAAGACUUGCACGUGAAUGCUACAUUACGAUCUUACGACCCCAACUACCCAUUCUCCAAAUCCACAAUAUUGAACGCCAACCCGGUUCUGGCCUAACUCUAUUCGGCGAAGACCUUGACCUCAAAAUAAGCACAAGCCUGCAACAAGAUGGUCUUAACAUAAUUGCACCUACACUAACUACCAACGCCGACCUGUUUGCCUGGUCAGCUGCAGACUUGCCCAGCGUUGAUCCUCAAGUUGUCGUUCACAAACUGUCUGUUUACAAGGAAGCCAAGUACGUCUCCCAAAAGAAGAGAAAGUUAGGAGAAGAACGAAGGCUAGCAACAAAAGCAGAGGCCGACAAAUUACUAGAUGUCGGAUUCAUCGAUGAGGCCCACUACACCACCUAG